GCACCGCUUCCUGUCGCUGUAAUGGCGGGCCCUGCCACGGCGCGCUGCAUGAUGGGAGUUGUAGUUCGAAUCCCCUGACCCUCACGGGCAGCCGUUCGCAGCCCGGCGCUACCCUUUCCCCUCGGCGGGACGGGUCGCGGCCGGUCAAGGUUCGCCAGUUCGUCACGGGUGGAACCGCUGCCCCUCAGGAACUGGACGCCGGAAACCCCAUCCCGGAAGCUCCGGGCUCGGCGUCAUCAGAAUAUGGCGGCCUGAGGCGGAGGCGUCCCUUCCUUUCCCGUCCCCUCCGCAGGUCAGAAAAUACCAAAAUGCAGUAUUCCCAUCACUGUGAGCACCUUCUAGAGAGACUGAACAAGCAGCGAGAAGCUGGGUUUCUAUGCGACUGCACUGUUGUUAUUGGUGAAUUCCAGUUCAAAGCACACAGAAACGUGCUUGCCUCCUUCAGCGAGUACUUCGGCGCCUUUUACAGAGAUGCGUCUGACAAUAACGUUGUUUUGGAUCAGACUCAAGUGAAAGCUGACGGAUUCCAGAAACUCCUGGAAUUUAUUUAUACAGGAAUCUUAAACCUUGACAGCUGGAAUGUUAAAGAAAUUCACCAGGCCGCAGACUAUCUCAAAGUGGAAGAAGUGGUCGCUAAAUGCAAAAUUAAGAUGGAGGACUUUGCUUUUAUUGCUAAUCCUUCUUCUACAGAGACAUCUAGUAUCACUGGAAACAUCGAGAUGAAUCAACAGACUUGCCUUCUGACUCUCCGAGAUUACAGUAACCAGGAGAAAGCAGACACUGCUUCUGCAGAGUUGGUUCAACCACAGGCAAAGAAAGCAGCUUUGGAAAAGAAAUCUCCUCAGACCAAAAAGCGAAAGAAGAAUUUCAGCUCUCCCAAAAGCAUACAAAAUAAAUCUGUACAGUAUCAGAAUGAUGUGACUGAGAACACAUCCAUUGAGAUGUUUUUAGAUGCCAAUAAGCUGGCCACCCAGAUAACAGAACAGGCUGCCCAGGGCAGUGAUAACUCUGAGCUACAGCUGGCAUCAGUGGUGGAAAGUGAAACGCUGGCAGCGCAGGAUAUCCUAGUUCAGACUAUUGCUGCAAAACAGAAGCGGGGAAAGUCUCAGCAAGGGUGCGCAUUGAAGGAGCACUGUAUGUCUAACGUAGCCAGCGAAAAGACCACUUACCAGCUGGAGAGCACAGCAGAAGAGCUCGACCAGAAGUAUUCCAAAGCUAAACCAGUGUGUAACACCUGUGGAAAAGUCUUUUCAGAAGCUAGUAGCCUCCGUCGCCACAUGAGAAUACACAAAGGAGUGAAACCAUAUGUGUGUCAGCUCUGUGGGAAGGCAUUCACUCAGUGCAAUCAGUUGAAAACACAUGUAAGGACUCACACAGGGGAGAAGCCAUACAAAUGUGAACUCUGCGACAAAGGCUUUGCUCAGAAGUGCCAGUUAGUGUUCCACAGUCGGAUGCACCACGGAGAAGAGAAACCAUACAAAUGUGAUGUGUGCAACCUGCAGUUUGCGACUUCAAGCAAUCUGAAGAUUCAUGCCAGGAAGCACAGUGGUGAGAAGCCGUAUGUGUGCGAUCGCUGCGGCCAGCGGUUUGCUCAAGCCAGCACACUCACCUACCACGUGCGCCGCCAUACAGGGGAGAAACCCUAUGUGUGUGACAGCUGUGGAAAAGCCUUUGCUGUCUCCAGUUCUCUCAUCACCCAUUCCCGAAAACACACAGGAGAGAAGCCAUAUAUCUGCGGCAUUUGUGAAAAAAGUUUUAUUUCCUCUGGAGAGCUCAAUAAACAUUUUCGGUCCCAUACAGGUGAAAGACCAUUUAUCUGUGAAAUGUGUGGGAAUUCUUACACAGAUAUAAAAAAUCUUAAGAAGCACAAAACAAAAGUUCACACAGGAUCAGAAACUCCCCCUGAUUCUAAUGCACUUGAUAACUCUUUCAAUGAACAAGAAUCCAUUCAGAGUCAGAAAAGUCCCUUAUCAGAGUCCAUAGAUGUGAAACCCUCUGAGAUGUCUUUAGCACUUCCUCUUCCCAUUGGGAGUGAAGACCAUCAGAUGCUGCUUCCUGUGACGGGUAGUCAGUCUCCUUCAUCAGAAACAUUACUAAGAUCUGCUGUGACUGGAUAUUCAGAACCUCAGUUUAUUUUCUUGCAGCAGUUGUACUGACAGUGCAGUACAGAGGCAACAAGGUAAUUUGAUAGUGAACUUGCGCACGUUUGGUGAGAUGAACAUAAUCGAGCAAGCAGUCACGCUUUUUGAAUUGGACUUGUUUUUUUUUCCCUCUGUGUAAAGACACUUGUAAGGCAUUUCCAUUGUGCAGUACUGUCUGACAUUUUUGUUGAAUUGUGCUAACCUACAAUCAGUUUUCUAUUUGCAAUUAACACCAAUUUCCACAAGACAAUUCGUUUCCAGCAACAUCUGCCUUAAAAAUUCUCUGUUAAAUAUGCUGAUGUAUUUUGGAGAACUCCACCCAUGUUCCUGCUGAUCUGAUGUGUCACGGUGUCACUUGAGAGCAGAUGUUUAAGCCAUAUUUGAUAAUUUAGGAAUAUUAACCCAGAGGUGUAAGGGGAAAAUCAUGAUUCAGAUGCACUAGCAAGCUUGUACUCCUGCAUUCCAAGUGAUACAGUGGUGCAUGCUGGAAGGCAGGCUGGUGCAGUGCUCCCAAAGAAUUACAACUGUCAGCUGAAGUCUGAGCAGAGGGAAAGCAAGCUUCGUGUAUAUUUUCCUGACAAGGCAAGUAAAGGAGGGUUAUUUUUUUUUCUCAAGUGCGGUAAGUCAGGGGGCUCUCAUGGCACAGACACUGCUGGGUAUUGGGUACUCUUUCCAACAGGUCACUUGUUUUUUUUCUUCUGAGUGAAUCCAGUGUUGGUGUAUCUUGUCCUGGGUUUCUUUUUCACAUCCCUGACACAUGCUGGGUUUGGCACAAGUGACCACAUUUGCUCAAACGGAGAGUUUGGAACAUGCAUGUUACAGAUGAGACAAAAAGGUGCAUCGACUUAAUUGGUGUGGCAUGAAUCAUAGCCUCACAAUCCUUUUUUUUUUUUACAGUAGUGCUGCUUCUUGUGCUAGACACUAGGUAUAAAAGAGGAAAGAAACAAAUCCUGUCCUUCACUGUGAAAACAAGAAGUCAAUGCUACAUGAAGGGGUAUUAAGGAAGAAUACAAAAAAGCAGAUGGCUAUUCUUGUAGGCAAGGCUUUGUUAAGAGUAUGACUGAUUUGGUUUAAUUGAAGUACUUAUGUAUGGCUUUAUCUCUCAUAUCACUUGUCCACAAUAACUACACAAAACUGGUAUCCAGCAAGACCUGUAUGAAGGUAUGUUUGAUUACUAGCAACAUACAUUUCUAAAAAGCAACAUUUCUAGUGUCUUGCUAGGGUCAUUAGAUACACACUGGUUGACAAACGGGAUUCUUUUAUACUCCUUUUUGCCAGUUUGUGCCAUUAACAGAAUGUGAGCAUUAUUUAAGUAAUCAAUCAGAUAGUAAGAAAACAGUCAUAAUACUGUACCAACAAUGCAUUUACAGAUACUGUUUGUUGGUUAUUUACUUGGUGCUAGCAUUUUAUUUCCACUGAUGCCUUGUGUCCAGACACUGAUAAAUAGAAGAGCACAGGAGAUACCUCUUAACUGUUCUACAUGGAGUAUUAAUCUGCACCUUAAUUAAACAGACUUGUGAAAAAUUUCUUUGAGGAUUUCAUUUAAAUAUUCUGUAAAUGGUUCCCUGACUCCUGAGCAUCACUAUAGAAUUCUUUUUUCUCUUCCUACAUGUUUGUACCUGUAAAGUAAUAGACUUUUUGCUUCUUUCUGUUGAUCAUUUUAGUAUGUGGCAAAUUUAAACCUCUGCUUCUUGGUCAUAUUUUAUGCUUUAUACAUGGCAAAUUUGCUGAUAAGGUCCCCCAUGGACAGCAGGGAGUACAGCCGUGUUCACUGGGAACAUUCUUAAUGCAGGCAUCUCUGGUUCUGUCCACUGGAGCCAAUUACUGCUGUACCUGCCUGACCUUUUUUCUUUGCUUAUCUGCACUACAUCAUGUCUGAACAGCCAAUGUCCUUCAGAAUGCUGGCAAAGGACAAUGGGUGAAGCUCAGUGAUAUUUUUUUUCCUGUUUGUUGGCAUUUCCCCUUUUCCUCCCCGUUUUUUAGCUUCUGUUGUUGAUGUAGCACCUGAAGGAUUCCUUAGCCUUGCCAUUUGAAACUGAAGAAUCUCAAAGAUUGGGAUCUUGACUCAGUAUAAAAAGCAAACUGUGUAGCUUGUCCUAAGGUUCUUCUUUACUUUUGCUCUCCAAGAGCCGAAGCCUUGGGAUACGCAUAAAUACUGAAAACGAACAAUACCAUACAACUGACAGCUUUCAUAUUUAAACAGCUUUGGAAGAUAAACUAAUGAUAGGCUGCUGUUACCUGAGGAAAAGUAUCUGAAGAUUAAGAUAUCCAGGAUAAAUAACCAUAAGAGAGAACUAGCUCUGGAAAAGAAAAAUAUGUUAAAAAUAUUUACAUUCCUCCAUAGUAAAUGCAUUCCAUAACAAUGUUUGUUUGGACUGUUUUUAUAUUUCUAAAAUUGUAUCUUAUUACUGUAUUCUU